CCGCGCGCUCCUCCCGCGUGCUCGUCCGGGACCACAGAGCGUCUGCGCGUGCGCGAGCCGAUCGCCAAGCGCCGUUUCAUUCUGUGCUGCCAGGAGACGCGCAUCUCUUUUAUCACCGAAUCAGCUCGGAAAACUCUGGCUCCGGUUCUCCGUUAGAGCUUCAGUCUAGUGGUUUUAUUCGCGGGAUCGUUGUGGCUUUUCGUCGCUUUUCGGUGACGACCACGGGCUGUCUGGUUUCGCUUGGGAAAAAAACGGAGGAGACGCGAGUACCGACUGGGCGUAGCUGGAGGAAAAGCGCUUGAGAUUCGAUCAUUUGCUGUAGCUGUCUGAUAGUGGACUGAGUCUUUGGUUCCCGAUUCCACUAUUGCUACGACGGGCCAGCUGUGGAGAUAAGACAAAAUGAAACCGGAUGGUGUUGAUAUGGCAACUGUAGAGCCAAUGGAAGCACUAAACGCAGGUCCUGAGAUCGAGGUGGCGCCGGCGGGCGAUGGUCACGACCAGGCCUCACCAGCCACGCAAACAGAAGGCCAACCACAGCCAACAGAGGCCACAAACAACAAGACUGGAAAAGAGAAGCCUUCAGAGGCCAAAACUAAAACAAAAGCUCCUGCCAAAACAAAGACAUCCGCCGCUGGUACCAAGCCAUCUACAGCCAGCUCUCGUCCCACCACCGGGCAAAGCCGUUUAACGAAUGGGACGCAGAAGCCACAAGCUAAUGGUGUCACCAAAAAGACCACCACAGUUGGGGUUGAGAAGAAGACCUCCUUAUCUUCUACUGCUCCUAAAAAAACGGUUGGGUCUACUGCUGCAACUAACACUAAAACCCAGACGAAGGUGGCUGAGAAGAAACCUGCCAGCGCUUCAACUAAUGGACUGAAGACAACACAGCCCAUUAAAAAAGCACCUGCUGCAUCAGCUGAUGGUCUGAAACCCAAACAAAAAACUACAGUUCCAGCACCAAGACCCGCCUCAGCAUCCACCACCAAGCCCAGCGUUACUGGCUCUCCCAAACCUGAUAAGCCUCCUGUCUCCAAGGCAACCAGGCCUGUUGGAACUACACCCGCUGCUCGAUCUUCUGCUGCCACUCCGAAACCAGCGACUCCAAGCAAGACUACAUCUGCAUCCAAGUCAACUACAACUACACCCAAGACAGCACCCACCACAGCUAAACCUUCUCCUGCUAAAACCACAGCCCCUCUUGCUGCUCGCACUCCAACUCCUAAAACUACUACAGCUGUCAAGAAAGAUGUCAGCAAGCAGCCGCCAACUUCUGUGGCCAAGAAGCCGGCUGCCUCUCCGCUCACCCGGCCAACGGCAACAAAAACCACCAAACCUGACACCUCAAAAUCAGCCACCCCUGCCAAACCAGAAUCUGCAUCCAAGAAACUCACCACCUCAAGCAAGGCAGCGGAUGUCAAAACCUCCAAUAAACUUAAGGAUAGUAAGGCAGCACCUUCAAAGGAAGUCAGUGCAAGCCCUAAGACUUUAAACAAGUCCAGCACUAAGACAAGCAGCCCAAAGAAGGCGGUUGGCAGCAGCACUCCAAUGCCAGUGAAGCGCGGCCCUAAAAACACCCAGCCAGCAGACUCUGCAGCUACAGAGAGUGUGAAGGAGGACAUCGUACCAAUUUUGGCUGGAGUUGCAGCCCCUGUUGCUGCUGCUGCUGCUGUUGUCUCCAUGGCAACCUCAGAGGAAGCGCCUGAAAUAUCAGCCACACCUUUUGCUUCUGCUGCCUUUGAGAAAGCACCUGAAGACUCUUUUACACAAACUAUUCCUGCUGUCUGUGAGGUUAAAUCAGAAGAAACUGUUACAGAUGUCACUGCUUCUGCCUUUGAGAAAGAACCUGAAGACAAAGAAAUAUCUAGUAUUCCCCUUACCUCUGAUGAGGCACCUGAAGACACAGUCAAACCUGUCAUACCACCUGCUUCUCAAGAGUUACCUGAAGACACAGUCACACCUGUCAUUCAUCCUUCAUCUGAAGAAACACUUAAAGAUACAGAUAUACCUGUCCUUCAUUCUGAUGAGACAACUGAGGACACACCUUUCAUUUCUUCUGCAUAUGAAGAACCAAUUGAAGAAACAGUUAAGCCUGUGCUUCAUCCGGCUUAUGAUGAGACUCCAGAACAAACAGAUACACUUGUCCUUCAUCCUACUUCUGAUGAGACACCUGAGGACAAAGCCACACCUUUCAUUUCUUCUGCAUAUAAAGAACCACUUGAAGAAACAGCUAAACCUGACCUUCAUCUUGCUUAUGAUGAGACUCCAGAACAAACAGAUACACUUGUCGUUCAUCCUACUUCUGAUGAGACACCUGAGGACAAAGCCACACCUUUCAUUUCUUCUGCAUAUGAAGAACCACUUGAAGAAACAUCUAAACCUGACCUUCAUCCUCCUUAUGAUGAGACUCCUGAACAAACAGAUACACCUGUCCAUCAUCCUGCUCAUGAAGAGCCUCUUCAAGAAACAGUUAAACCUGUCCUUAAUCGUGAAUAUGAUGAGACUCUUAAACAAACAGAUACAACUGUCCUUCAUACUGCCUAUGAUGAGACAAAAGAGGAAACAGCCACACCUUUCAUUUCUUCUGCAUAUGUAGAACCACUUGAAGAAACAGAUACACCUGUCCAUCACCCUGCUUAUGAUGACACUCUUGAACAAACAGAUACACCUGUCCAUCAUUCUGCUUAUGAUGAGACUCCUGAACAAACAGAUGCACCUGUCCAUCAUUCUGCAUACGAUGAGACUCUUGAAGAAAUUGUUAAACCUGUCCUUUAUCCUGCUUAUGAUAAGACAUCUGAGGACACAGCCACACCUUUCAUUUCUUCUGCAUAUGAAGAACCACUGGAAGAAACAGAUACACUUGCCCAUCAUCCUGUUUCUGGUGAGACUCUUGAAGAAUUAGUCACAUCUGUACUUCAUCCUGCUUAUGAUGAGACACCCGAGGACACAGCCACACCUUUCAUUCCUUCUGCAUAUGAAGAACCACUUGAAGACACAGUCACCCCUGUCUGUUCUGCUGCUUAUGAUGAUGCACCUGAAGAGACAGUCACACAUAUCCUUCCUCCUGCUUCUGAGUUGGCUCUUGAAGACACAUUUACAACAGUCCAUAAUUCUGCUUCUGAUGAUGCACCUGAAGAUAGAGUUACCCCUGUCAUUUCUCCGGCCUCUGAGGAGGUGGAACUUGUCCAUUCCCAUGAUGUCCCCCAAAGCCUGGACAUUUCUAAAGAUGACAGUGCCAUGUCCCAGCUAGCUGCUGAAGUGGACCUGGUUAGUCUGGAGGAGCCAGUGUCUGCUGUGUCUCCCCUAGGCACCACAGUACUGUCCCCACCAUCCUCUCCUACUGGCCCAACAUCUGUGCCAGCUGAGUUCCAAAGUUCCGCUCCCUUUUUGGAAAUGCAGGGUGCAGCUGCAACCUGGGAUCAGAGCAUUUACCCCAGCACCAUGAGCCCAGACACCCAGGAGCAAGAUGAGGAUAGAGAGCAGGAUGAAAUACAGAUGUCCUCUUUUACAGCAGAAAAAAUCGUAGAGGGCUUUGAUCUCCUGAGCUGCACUGAGGCAGAUCACUUUAAAGGUGUGGCUCCUGUAUCACCCUGUCAGGAGAAAGAGGUGGCAGUGGAGAAAGCUGAGGAAGAGAUUAAUGAAGACAUUGAUGAGGAGGAAGAGGAGGAGGAUGAGGAUAAGGACAUUGACAUGGAGCAAGCGUUGCCCCAAUCAAAGAUUGACAGUGAUUCUAAAAAGGGUGUGGCAGAUUUUGGCAGAUCAGACUGGGGUAUGAUGCAGUCAGAUGACAGAGAUAGCAGUUACAAAUUUGACAGAGAAGUAACAUCUCCCUUCAGUGCUGAAAACAUUUGCAGUACCAAGGGGAUGGGUGACGUCUUAAUGAAGGAGGCAGACACAGACCAGCCAUUUCAGGGGCCUCCUGAAAUUGAAUAUUUCUGUGAUGAAGAUGAUGAUGAGGAAGAGGAUGAUGAUGAUAAGGAGGAAGAGUAUGAAAAGGAAGAGGAAGUCACUGAGCAUCAUAAACAGAAUGAGUUAAAGGAUAAGGAAGAUGUGGAGAUGGUCUGCAGCAGCAUGGCUAAAAGUGGAAUUUGUGGAAAUUAUGGAGCUAAUGAUGACGAUGAUGAUGAAGAAGAUGAUGGUGAUAAUUACACAGAGGAAGCUCAUCUAAGUCUCGACAACAUGGGUCACACUGUGCAAGCAUCAUCUAUGAAAAUGACAGAAGGCUGGAGCCAUUCCAAUCCAUUCUCUGAGCCUUGGGUUCAGUCUGCUACUAUCCUUUCUGAGUCAAGCCUGAUGGACACAAGAUCUGAAGAACCAUACCUGUCUGAUAAAUUUUCAGCUGAUCCAGAAACACCUCCUAAAUCCCCAGCUGAGGCCUUUUUGGGUAUGAGUCCACCAUUGAUCAAAGACCCAGAACCUCAGUGUGACGUCCAAGAAGAGAAAGAGAGCGUACUUGCAGUGGAGUCUGGUAUCUUGGCACCACCUGCCAUUGGAAUGUCCCAGUCCAGCACUCUCAGUGGGACAGCUCUGGUUGCCCACAGCAGCAGUGAGACCAGCACACCCGAGGAGCUUCGAGAUUACGACAGCAGUUCAGGAGUAGAGUCCAGAUCAGACAAGCAACAGACGCCAGUUCCUGCAAUUCAGACAGACAUGGAGCAAGACCUUGGUAUCCACCUGGAGCGUGGCGAUGGGGAGGAGGAGGAAGCAGAAACACUCCCUGCCGACGAGGUGCUGGGUGAUGCUGCGACAGCACCGGCCUCCGUUCCGUCUUCACAUUCGAGUUCCGGUGAUGAGGCCAGUGAUACAGAGGGUGAGAUCCAGAUCAAUGAACCUGGAAUUGCAGUUGACGAAAGCACUGCCGUCGCCCACAACUUCGCUUCCCUAGAGGAAGAUGAGGAGGUUCCAGAUCAGACAGGAGAGGAAGAUGGCGGUACGCCUCAGUCUGCAAACUCUGUGGCAUCUUACGGUUUCGACUGCUCCGCGUCCAACUCCAAUGCCCACUCCACGGCUGAGAGCUGUGGGAAAAGCCCGGGUAUCUUUAGUUUGGAAAAUGAAGAACAGCUUCCUGAAGAGGCCAAGGAUCCCUCUUUCAUCAAAGAGCUCACCUUGCCAGCGGCUUCUGCCUACAGCGACGACUUGUUAGGUGGUCCGGUGGAUUUGCUGCCUAUCAGAGAGCCCACAGAGAGCGAUGCAGGCUUUGACGAGCACUACUUAUUGUACAGCAAGACAGAACCGACCGCAGCGGAGGAGUUAGAUCCUGAGUCCCCCAUGCAGCUCUCACCCCAACAUGGGGAUGAUUCAGAUGGCCAGCCACCCUACUUCUCUGCUAUAUGUGAUAAAACUGAUAAUUUUCUGGCAGGUAACGUAUAAAGUUCCUCCUUUGGAAUGCACCUUGUCUACCCUGCACCCCACUGUUCUUCAUUUCUUUCAAAUGUGGGGUUAGCUAGUAAAGAAAUGAAUAGUAAUAAGGAAUGGAAAGGCGAAAAGAAAUGGGGGAGGGAUUAUAGCUUUGUCUGAGCUGCUCUAUGUUCUUCUAUUACCAUGAUCAUGGUUAUGAUUGUACGGCUUAAAGUUCUGUAUGUACAGUAGGCUUUUCUCAUUUUCUAUUAGAAUGUACUUUUUAAAUAACACUGCGUUUCAUGGCACCCCUGAACCUGAAAUGUUAAAUAAGUCCUUUGUUGAAAGGAAAAAAGAAAGAAAAUCAAAAAAGAAAAACAUGAAAUGGACUCAACCUACCUUUGUUAUUUAUCCUACUGUUUUUACCGAUCAAGUGUCAAUUUUUUAUACUUUGUUUUUAUUUCUUUUUUUAUUUUAAUUUGGUGUUAAAAUCCUUGUCUUACCCUAAUGUUUGUACACACAUCAGUUUUCCUGCACUGUAACACUAGCUUGUACCACUGUUCAGCACUAACGGUUUUAGCAUUAAAUACAGAUUAGAUAUUCACUUACAUAGGGAGGUGAAUGAGUGUUAGCUGGCUUGUCAUAUUUCAUUUUUUUUGUUUUGGGCUACUUUUCUUAACCGCUGCACAUUUUUGUGAAGGAUAACAUAGAUUCCCAUCGGCACGUAACUUGAGUGUUUUAAAGUACUGAGCUUAGAUUUUUUCAGUAUUUGGACAUUUGUACUUUGGAACAGACUAAUUAUUGAAAAAAUAAUGCUUGCAAAGAGUCACUGUAUUGUGAGCAUUGGGACAUUCAACAUGAAUUGGAACUGCAUGUGCAAUUAAUUAAGCAAUUGUUAUAAUCUUGUUCUAAUCUAAACACGUAUGAUCCAGGGUAUUUGGACAGAAAUCAUUUACAAUAACUAAAAGGUUUUUCAAAACUGCAUUAAACAUUAUUGCAAGGC